UGGCGCCAGCAGCGGCCACAGCAGCCUGGCGCGCAGCGGUGGUGGCGGCUGGCAGGCGGGCGCCGCGGGCUCGGCCGGGAACGGCGCGGAACGGGAGGCUGCGGCGGCGGCGUCUCGCGCGGGCGCGCACGGCUGCCCAGCGAGCCCCGGCGAUCGGCGGCUGACCGGCCGGCGGAACUGGCACCUGGUGAGCUAGCUGCAGGGACCAGAUUAAAGGAUUCACCUGAAGACACAGCAUUCUAUUCAUCAGAGACUGGACAAGAGUUACUCUUGCUUUUGGCAAUUAAAGAUGAUGUUGUCAUGGAAACAGUUGAUCCUGCUUUCAUUCAUUGGCUGCCUAGGAGGUGAGCUGCUCUUACAAGGCCCAGUGUUUAUCAAAGAACCCAGCAACAGCAUUUUUCCUGUUGGUUCAGAGGAUAAAAAAAUAACUUUAAAUUGUGAAGCACGAGGCAACCCUUCACCUCAUUACAGAUGGCAGCUGAAUGGAAGCGAUAUUAAUCUGAGUAUGGAGUAUCGUUAUAAGUUGAACGGAGGAAAUCUUGUGGUUAUUAACCCCAACAGAAAUUGGGAUACAGGAAGUUAUCAAUGUUUUGCAACAAAUUCAGUUGGAACAAUUGUCAGCAGAGAAGCUAAACUCCAGUUUGCCUAUCUGGAAAAUUUUAAAACCAAAAUGAGAAGUACAGUGUCAGUGCGUGAAGGACAGGGAGUUGUCCUGCUCUGUGGCCUCCCGCCACACUCUGGAGAACUAUCAUAUGCUUGGAUCUUCAACGAAUAUCCAUCGUUUGUCGAAGAAGAUAGUCGGAGAUUUGUCUCUCAAGAGACAGGCCACCUCUACAUAGCCAAGGUGGAACCACUGGAUGUGGGAAAUUACACGUGUGUGGUGACUAGUAUGGUGACAAACGCCAGAGUGCUGGGUUCUCCAACUCCUUUGGUGCUGCGUUCUGAUGGAGUGAUGGGUGAAUAUGAACCGAAAAUAGAAGUUCAGUUUCCAGAAACUCUUCCAGCAGCUAAAGGUUCAACUGUGAAGUUGGAAUGUUUUGCCCUUGGAAAUCCUGUACCUCAGAUUAAUUGGAGAAGAAGUGAUGGACUGCCUUUUUCCACUAAAAUUAAAUUGAGGAAGUCCAAUGGUGUGCUUGAAAUCCCCAACUUCCAACAGGAAGAUGCAGGUUCCUAUGAAUGCAUUGCUGAGAAUUCACGAGGAAGAAAUGUCGCCAGGGGGCGUCUGACUUACUAUGCAAAGCCUCAUUGGGUUCAACUCAUAAAAGAUGUGGAAAUAGCUGUGGAGGACAGUCUUUACUGGGAAUGUCGAGCGAGUGGUAAGCCCAAACCCUCCUACCGAUGGUUGAAAAAUGGAGAAGCCCUUGUGCUCGAGGGGAGAACACAGAUAGAAAAUGGUGCCCUUACAAUAUCCAACCUAAAUGUGACCGAUUCUGGCAUGUUCCAGUGCAUAGCAGAGAACAAACAUGGUCUCGUCUAUUCCAGUGCUGAGCUCAAGGUUGUGGCUUCUGCUCCAGAUUUUUCAAAGACUCCGAUGAAAAAGUUGAUUCAGGUGCAGGUGGGCAGCGAGGUCAGCUUGGACUGUAAACCCAGAGCUUCCCCCAGGGCGCUCUCUUCCUGGAAGAAAGGAGAUGCGCCUGUACAGGAGACUGAAAGAAUUUCUUUUUUAAAAGAUGGAGGACUCAAAAUUGCCAAUGUGACUAAAGCUGAUGCUGGAAUUUAUACGUGCAUAGCAGAAAACCAGUUUGGGAAAGCAAAUGGCACAACACACUUGGUGGUUACAGAACCAACAAGAAUAACUUUGGCACCAUCCAACAUGGAUGUCUCAGUGGGCGAAAGUGUCAUUUUGCCCUGCCAGGUGCAACACGACCCCCUAUUAGACAUCAUGUUUACCUGGUAUUUCAAUGGGGCCCUCACAGAUUUUAAGAAAGAUGGAUCUCACUUUGAAAAAGUCGGUGGGAGCUCGUCAGGCGAUUUAAUGAUCAGAAACAUUCAGUUGAAACACAGUGGGAAAUAUGUUUGUAUGGUGCAGACAGGGGUGGACAGUGUUUCAUCUGCCGCUGACCUCAUAGUAAGAGGUUCACCUGGACCACCAGAAGACGUAAAGGUAGAUGAAAUUACAGAUACAACAGCCCAACUCUCUUGGAAAGAAGGUACAGACAACCACAGCCCAGUUAUAUCCUAUUCUGUCCAGGCACGGACCCCUUUCUCCGUGGGUUGGCAGACGGCCACAACAGUGCCUGAGGUCAUUGAUGGGAAAACACACACAGCUACGGUAGUCGAGUUAAAUCCAUGGGUGGAAUACGAAUUUCGGGUUGUAGCCAAUAACAAAAUCGGAGGUGGAGAACCCAGUUUACCCUCAGAAAAAGUAAGAACUGAGGAGGCAGUGCCGGAAGUGCCUCCUUCAGAUGCCAGUGGAGGAGGUGGGAGCCGGUCUGAACUGGUGAUCACCUGGGAUCCAGUCCCUGAAGAACUACAGAAUGGUGAAGGUUUUGGAUAUGUUGUUGCUUUCCGCCCUGUUGGAGUAAGCAACUGGAUCCAGACAGUGGUCACAUCUCCUGAUACCCCAAGAUAUGUCUUUAGAAAUGAAAGCAUCCUGCCAUUUUCACUGUAUGAAGUUAAAGUGGGUGUUUAUAAUAACAAAGGUGAAGGACCAUUUAGCCCAGUGACAACAGUGCUCUCUGCAGAAGAAGAACCUACAGUAGCUCCAUCUCAAGUUUGUGCAAAUAGCUUGUCUUCCUCAGAAAUUGAAGUUUCUUGGAACGCUGUUCCUUGGAAGUUGAGCAAUGGACACUUACUCGGCUAUGAGGUGCGGUAUUGGAAUAAUGGAGAAGAGGGAUCAUCGAGCAAACUGAAAGUGGCAGGAAAUGUGACAUCGGCCAGACUCCAUGGCUUGAAGAGCAACUUGGAAUAUUACACGGCUGUCCGGGCUUUCAACAGCGCUGGUACCGGUCCCUUUAGUGCCACAGUUAAUGCGACCACCAAGAAAACUCCUCCCAGUCAGCCACCAGGAAAUGUUGUUUGGAAUGCUACAGACACAAAAGUGUUACUUAAUUGGGAGCAAGUGAAAGCCAUGGAGAAUGAAUCAGAAGUAACAGGGUACAAAGUUUUCUAUAGGACUAGCAGUCAAAAUAAUGUGCAAGUGCUAAACACAAACAAAACUUCAGCUGAACUUCUGCUGCCCAUUAAAGAGGACUACAUUAUUGAAGUUAAGGCCACAACGGAUGGCGGGGAUGGGACCAGUAGCGAACAGAUCAGGAUUCCAAGAAUAACCAAUACGGAUGCAAGAGGUUGUACGUCAGCCAUCUCCAAUGCCCACCCUGUGUCAAGUUAUAUCUCUACAGUACUGUUCCUUAUUGUAAACACCCUGUGGUGAUAGUCACUUUUUUUUUAUUAUUAUUUAUCGGAAAGUUCAUUGGUUACAAAAAAAGUGCUUUCAUGAAAUGCAGUGAUUAUGCAUGUUUUUUUCCAACUCUGUAUUUUUAACUUUCUACAUAGGUAAAAUAUGAAUAUAAUAAGAAAACAAACCCAGUAAAUCCUUUUAGGGGAAUCUGAAAUGCCUUAAUAUUUACUUGAUACACCAAAGGAAUUUACAUAUUACAUACAUCCGGUUUUUGAUAGAGACAUUCUUAUGAUUUUAAGCACUGCCUGUGGAUAAAGGCUCACAUGCUUCCAUGUAUACACACCCACAUGCAGACACAUACUUUUGUGGGUUUGUUUUUUUUUUAACGUAGAAAAACUCAUUUACUCCAGAUGCUUUGCUCCCAUUGUAACAGCACUGUUUGGAAGACAUAAUUAGUGUUAUUUGGAAAUGCUCAUUUGAAAUACUCAAGGGUGAAAGAUACAUUUUAAAAAUUACCCUGUUGGGCAGAGGGUGCAUGUAAUUCAAAAGCAUGUUGUUGGAGAUGCUACGGUAGACUUUGGAAGAGUGCUGUUUCGUCCGGGUAUACUGCUGCGUGGUUGUGAGAUUCUUUACAAAUCACUGCUCUCUCUACUUCUCAAGCACUCACCCUUAAAAUGUGGAGAUAAUAAUACCCAUCUUAUCUGCCUCUCCCCCAUGAAUUACUUGCUAAAAGAUAAAGAAGGAAAUGUGAAAGUGCUUUGUUAGCCCUAAUGCACUAGGCCUGUGCAAUAUAUUAGUAUGAAUUUAUUUAAUCAUAUUGAAGUCCUGAGGACCAGCCACAUUUUUAAAGUUUGCAUUCCAUUCUAGGUAAUGCUUUCCUUUUCAUUCCAUGAUAUUAUAAAACUGAAAUGAUCACAUUUUAUCCUCUCUCAAAAGGUUUAAAAAGUGAAAUAAAGUAAAAAGGGAUUGUUUCCUUCACACCUAAGAAAAAGCUUUCAGGUUUUAUUAAAACAUGUUGGAGAAAAUUAGGAACAACCUGAAUCUUAAUCCAGAUAUUAAACAAAAUGUACGUGAUCCUUCAUUUCCAAUCUCUGAUUCCAUCAAGGGACCCUCUCUUUUUUGGAUGGUGGAGAUGGUUUUUAAUGAAAUCCAACCGUUUAUGAGAGUGAGUCUGGCAGGCUUUUUAGUUCCUGAGCUAAAUUUGUAAUAGAACCGUGGCCAUGCUGCUGACUUAGAUAUGUAUGACUCAGUCUCUCAAUACAUGGUGUUCAAAGGAUUGUCGAAGACAUGACUUCAUAGCAGUAUGUAAAAAAUAUAUGAAAAUCAGCAGAUUGAGUGUUACACAUUGCAAAAUCAAUUUUUUGCCUCUUUCCUGCCCAUUUCACAUUUUACAGGAACUUGUUCUUUGCAAAGAUAUCUGAAUUUGAAACCAACAGAUAUCACAAGAGAAUACAUAUUAGCAAAAUUCUGAUAUUACCAUAGAGUGUUACUUUACAUUUAGAGAUCACAUUUAAGAUAAAGUCAUUAUACACAAAGAAGAAAAAUAUUUAUAACUUUUCUCUUCAAGGUCUGUAUAUACUGUAUAUAUCUAGAAAAAUUCUGAAUGACGAGUAGAUUUCAUAUGACCAUUGUUAUUUCAGGUCAAAAAGUGGAGAAACACUUUCUCCAAUACCUGUAUUUUAUGCUACAUGUAAUGGAGUUGUACCUUUUUAUUAUUUGGUAAUUCCUAUAAUAUGUUCCUAUACUUUUCAUUUUCAAGGCAAUUACUCUAUUGUUUCAUGGUGUUUCUAGAAAUAUAUCUCCAUGAGAUAUGUACUUUGUUUCAUAUUGAAAAGUAUAAAAUUUACCUUUAAAUUCCUGUGUGUGUAUCCUAUGGUUAUCUGUAUGUAUUAUUUUUUAUUAUUCUAAUAAAAUUUAUAAAAA